GUUGUUGCUGCUUUGUUAACAAUCACAACGUCUACCAACGCCCACGAGAUGUACGUGUCGAUGAUUCCGAACGGAGCUAACGUACCCGGCGUUGAGGCUCUAGGCCACGUGAACCCAAAUGGGGACGGCACACUCACCGGUUUUGGCGAGGACUUCGCCAGUGCCUUCUACGUGUGGACGAAGGAGCUGUGCAACAAGGACUCGGACGGUGACGGGCAGACGAACGGCCAGGAGUUGGGAGAUCCAUGCUGCGAAUGGGAUCUGCUGUCUCUCAACGCGACUUGGACUGAAGGCGUCUCGCAUCCGGGC